UAAUUAAAAUGUUUGAUGUCAAUCAAAAGUCUGUAGUUUAUAGGUGAGGAUUUUAGUGCGUUCUUUGUUAUGCAUUAAGAUUCAAUCUUUUGGAGGUGCAAUAAGAGAAGCAAACAGGACUGCUCGACAGAUUCAAUCGUGUAUGAAUCGCACCACUUUCUUUGGUUUUGAAAGCUGGCCCUCCUCGGCAGAUAGUUGCGAAGGUCUCAAUCAAAAGGAUUUAAGUGGAAAUGCUUGCAUGUUUAUUACUGUCAAUGCCACUGUGGUAGACUUAGACUAAAUGACACCACAUUGUUCACGCUCCAAUUAAAAUCAUAAAAUGCCCUUAUCAUUGGCUACUCAUCUCAACCUCACAGGAGUAUGUCGAAGAAUGCGCUGCACAUUCUGCUUACUACACACAACCUCUCCGAAGAGUGUUCUACAUAUUUUCAUUUAUUGCAGACGUGUAUUCUCAAGAAUGCACUUUCACAAGGUAGAAAACUCCACUCUUUCAUCGCUCACAGGCGAUUUACAUUUGCUACACGCACAACUUUUCAUAAUAAGCUUAUUUACUUGUAUGUCAAGUGCGGGCGUUUAGUGGAGGCCCGUAAAGUAUUCGAUCACACAAAAGAACGAGACAUCAUCUCCUGGAAUACGAUUAUUGCAGCGUAUAAAACACAUGGGUAUCCUCACGAGUCAGUCACAUUGUUUCACAAUAUGCAAGAAACAGGUCUCCACCCCGAUCAGUUUACAUUUGCCAGCGUACUCCCAGCCUGUGCCAAAAUGGGAGAUUUACAACAGGGUAUAGAAAUCCAUAAAAGCAUAAAUAAUUGGCGAAUUUCAUCAGAUGUUGUAGUUGCAACAGCCCUUGUAGACAUGUAUGCAAAAUGUGGAAGCAUACACAAGGCACGUGACUUGUUUGACGAAAUCUCUCAAAAAAAUGUGUUCUCAUGGACUGCAAUGAUCGGAGGAUAUGCACAGAAUGGAUUUGUUGGAAAGGCGUUAAAAACUUUCAAGGAAAUGCAAUUGGCAGGUGUAAAGCCAAAUUCCACAACUUUCGCCAGCAUACUCCCUGCCUGUGCCAAAAUGGGAGCUUUGGAACAGGGUAUGGACAUCCAUCAAAGCAUAAUGGAAGCGGGGCUUUUGUCAGAUAUUAUAGUUGGAAAUGCUCUGAUAGACAUGUAUGCAAAAUGUGGAAGCAUCGACAAGGCACGUGAACUGUUUGAUAAAAUGCCUCAUAGAAAUGUGGUCUCGUGGAAUGCCAUGAUUGCACGUUAUGCACAUAAUGGAUGCGUUGAAAAGGCUUUGGAAACUUUCAAGCAAAUGCAAUUGGCAGGUGUAAAGCCAAAUUCCACAAGCUUUGCCAGCAUCCUCCCUGCUUGUGCCAAAAUGGGAGCUACGGAACAGGGUAUGGAUAUUCAUCAAAUCAUAAUAGAAGGGGGAUUUUCGUCGGAUAUUAUAGUUGGAAAUGCUUUGGUAGACAUGUAUGCAAAAUGUGGAAGCAUAGAAAAGGCACGUGAGGUUUUUGACAGAAUACCUCAAAGAGAUGCCAUCUCAUGGACUGCAAUGAUCGUAGGAUAUGCACAAAAUGGAUUUGUUGAACAUGCUUUAGAAACUUUCAAACAAAUGCAAUUGACAGUUGUAAAGCCAGAUUCCACAACCUUCGCUAGCAUCCUCUCUACCUGUGCCAAAAAGGGAGCUUUGGAACAAGGUAUGGGUAUCCAUCAAAGCAUAAAAGAUUCAGGAAUUCUGUCAGAUAUUGUAGUUGCAACUGCCUUGGUAGACAUGUACGCAAAAUGUGGAAGCAUCGACAAGGCUCAUGAAAUUUUUGACAGAAUGCCCCAAAGAGAUGUGUUCUCGUGGACUGCAAUGAUUACAGGCUAUGCACAAAAUGGAUUUGUUGAAAAAGCUCUAGAAACUUUCAAGCAGAUGCAAUUGGCAGGUGUAAAACCAAAUUCCACAACCUUUUCCAGUAUCCUCUCUGCCUGUGCCAAAAUGGGAACUUUGGAACAUGGUAUGAACAUCCAUCAAAGCAUAAAGGAUAAAGGAAUUUUGUUAGAUGUUUUAGUUGCAACUUCCCUAGUAGACAUGUAUGCAAAAUGUGGAGACAUAGACAAGGCACGUGAGCUGUUUGAUAAAAUGCCUCGGAGAAAUGUGAUUUCAUGGAAUGCCAUGAUUGCAGGAUAUGCACAGAAUGGAUCUGUUGAAAAAGCUCUAGAAACUUUCAAGCAAAUGCAAUUGGCAGGUGUAAAGCCAAAUUCCACAACCUUCGCCAGCAUCCUCCCUGCCUGUGCCAAAAUGGGAGCUUUGGAACAGGGUAUGGACAUCCAUCAAAGCAUAAUGGAAGGAGGAGGGUUGUCAGAUAUUAUAGUUGGAAAUGCUCUGGUAGACAUGUAUGCAAAAUGUGGCAGCAUCCACAGGGCACGUGAACUGUUUGACAAAAUACCUCAAAGAAAUGUGAUCUCAUGGAACGCCAUGAUUGCAGGAUAUGCACAAAAUGGAUUUUGCAAGGAUGCUCUCAAACUUUUUGAAUUAAUGAAGCACUCUGGAACAUAUCCCGACAUUGUAAGCUUUGCUUGUGUUCUAUGUGCAUGCAGCCAUGCAGGUUUAGCAGAUGAGGGCUGUUCAUACUUUAACCACAUGAGUAACCAAUAUUGCAUUACACCUACAGUUGAUCAUUAUGUGUGCAUGGUUGACCUUCUUGCCCGUGCUGGCUAUCUUGAGGAUGCCUUAAAAUUCAUCAUUAAGAUGCCAGCUAAACCUGUGGUGGUUGUGUGGAUGAGUUUUCUUGGUGCUUGUAGAUCAUACAUGAAUAUAGGCUUAGGAGUAUUUACAGCAAUGCUGCUUUUUGAUUUGGACUCUACAAAUCCUGCGACAUAUGUUCUUCUUUCAAACAUUUAUGCAGAAGUGGGCAGGUGGAGUGAGGUUCAAAUGGUAAGGAGAUUGAUGAAAGAUAGGGGAAUUAAAAAAAUACCUGGAUGUAGUUGGAUUGAAGACCAUAAAAUUGUACAUGCCUUUUUUGUAGGAGACAAAAGACAUCCACAGACACAAGAAAUCUAUGCAGAGUUGGAGAAAUUGGCUUGGGAGAUGAAGGCAGCAGGGUAUUUCCCAGAAUCAAGGCAUUUACUUAGUGAUGUAGAAGAGGAGGAAAACGACAUAUUUCUUUGCUAUCAUAGUGAAAAGUUGGCAAUUGCAUUUGGUUUGUUAAAUACACCUCCUGGAACAACUAUUAGAGUUGUUAAGAACCUUCGAGUAUGUGCGGAUUGUCACACUGCAACAAAAUUUAUCUCUAAGAUUGUUAAAAGAGAAAUUGUUGUGAGAGAUGCGAACCGUUUCCAUCAUUUUAAACAGGGACAAUGUUCUUGUAGAGAUUAUUGGUGAAAAAUUGUUCACCAUGUGCACUAAUAGUGAAGGA